CUAAAACCCCCUCUUCCCUUACAGUUCCACCAAUUGUUCUAUUUCUACUUCCAAAACCUCAAAAGGAGCUCCCUUUCCUCUUUCUCUCUCUUUUUCUGUCUGGGGUUUUUUUUUUUUUGUCUGGGUUCUUUUUGAGGUUGAACUGAAUAGCUUUGUAUAUUUUUGAAAGACUGAAACUUUACUCGCUCAAAUGGCUAUUUUCCUGCUGCUUCUGCUUUUGCUUGUCUCUGCUGUUUCUGGUGAUGAAGAUGCCUUCAUCGGUGUGAACAUUGGUACAGACCUUUCUGACAUGCCCAGCCCUACUCAAGUGGUGGCCCUUCUCAAGGCUCAGAAUAUCAGAAAUGUCAGGCUUUAUGAUGCUGACAGGGCCAUGCUCCUUGCACUUGCCAACACAGGCAUCCAGGUGACUGUCUCUGUCCCCAAUGAUGAACUCCUUGGUAUUGGUCAGUCAAAUGCCACUGCUGCCAACUGGGUAGCUCGCAAUAUUAUAGCCCAUGUCCCUGCUACCAAUAUCACGGCAAUAGCUGUUGGAUCUGAAGUUCUCACUGCACUCCCAAAUGCUGCUCCAGUCCUAGUUUCUGCCCUAAAGUUCAUCCACUCUGCCCUUGUUGCUUCUAAUCUUGACGGUCAAAUCAAAGUCUCUACUCCACAUUCUUCUUCGAUUAUUCUGGAUUCUUUUCCACCUUCUCAAGCCUUCUUUAAUCGUUCAUGGGAUCCAGUCAUGGUUCCAUUGCUAAAGUUUUUGCAGUCUACAGAGUCGUACCUUAUGCUCAAUGUAUAUCCGUAUUAUGAUUACAUGCAAUCAAAUGGCGUGAUCCCAUUGGACUAUGCACUUUUCCGUCCUCUCCCUCCUAACAAAGAAGCUGUGGAUUCUAACACACUCCUGCAUUACACUAAUGUCUUUGAUGCUGUUGUUGAUGCAGCAUAUUUUGCGAUGUCUUAUUUAAACAUUACCAACAUUCCGAUUGUAGUAACUGAGUCUGGUUGGCCUUCUAAGGGUGAUUCAUCUGAGCCUGAUGCUACAGUUGAAAAUGCUAAUACGUACAAUAGUAACUUGAUCAAGCAUGUGUUUAACAACACUGGCACUCCUAAACACCCUGGGAUUGCAGUUAGUACUUACAUCUAUGAGCUUUACAAUGAGGAUUUGAGAUCUGGGUCAGUCUCAGAAAGAAACUGGGGGCUAUUUGAUGCCAAUGGAAUACCCGUUUAUAUUUUGCACUUGACAGGUGCUGGCACUGUUUUGGCGAAUGACACUACAAACCAAACUUUUUGUGUUGCAAAGCAGGGUGCUGAUCCGAAGAUGUUACAAGCAGCUCUUGAUUGGGCUUGUGGACCAGGGAAAGUUGAUUGCUCACCUUUGUUGCAGGGGCAUCCAUGUUAUGAGCCCAAUAAUGUGGUUUCCCAUUCAACUUAUGCUUUCAAUGCCUAUUUCCAGCUGAUGGCCAAGUCUCCUGGGACCUGUGAUUUCAAGGGGGUGGCUACCAUCACUACAACUGAUCCAAGUAUGUGACUAUGAUAUUGGUUCUUAUUGUAAAU